AUGGCGGUCGACAGACGAGACGAGAAAGGUACGAAGCGUUCGUCGCAGUAACGUUGGCUAGCUAGCAACUUGCUAACCAUUGUCCCUAUUCCUUUGUCAAUUCAGCUAACACGCCAUCGUUGAUAAUAGUCCAGUUACUCACAAUUUACUUUCAGAAUGGUUAAUUUAAACUUGAUCAAACUAAUUUGGACACAGCCAGUUAGUUAACUCAUUAGCUAGGUUAACGUUACCACGUCUUGCUAGUUAGUUACAGUAGCUAACGACAUCGUCAUAAUUGUUGGCUACUCGCUAAGUUAUCUAGCUAGGUAGCUAACUAGCUAGUAACGAUUUCUAAAAGUACAGCCAAAUUGAUACCCUCUCUGGCCAUCCAUAGCUAGUUAACUAUUCAGGUAUUAGUUAGUCAACUAACGUUAUCUACAGCGAUGGUUAACAGCUAGUAUCAUGUCGCAUUAGCUAGCUAACGAAAUCAAGCAGAAUUGUGCAACUGAACUCGAGUACCCGAGUGGUGCACCCCUUCCCUGGCUCUAGUAGGCAAAUCAAACCCCUUUUCAUGAUUUCUGGUAGAUCACCAAAAAUAAAUCACAUCACGUUAUUCGACUCAUUCAGCAGUUUUGUAGUAGAUUACUACAACCCAAUUAAGUAGAAUACUAUUGGAAAUGUGAUGAAAGAUUAAUUUAUAUUAAUAUUCCGGCAGAUGGCAAUAUUGAGUCGUUUUCAUCUUACUAUCCACACGCAUUGUAUGCAGCUGGCAAUAAAUAAAUAAAAAUGUUAUUGGUCGCAUACACAUAUUGAGCAGAUGUUAUUGCGUGUGUAGCGAAAUUCUACUGUUAUCCCCCGUGUACCGGUACGUACAUUAUCCAUUCAGGCUGCAAAGGCGUCGAGUUCCUCCUUAACAAUAUUUUAUGGCGAGAGGGCGUGCAAAAACUGGGAAAAUGUGUGCUUUCUUUAAGAAACCAUUUUCUACCGCAAUGCUAAAAUGGCUAAUGCCUAGGAAUGCUAGUCCCGGAUGUGGCGUAUCGCGUUCAACCAAUCAUGUUUCAGCAGUCUGUUAACCACUGGCAGAACGCAGGGUGCAACAUCAGGAAGUAGCUUUAGUGGUGGAAACAGAUGUUUCGCAAAGAAAGUAAGGAUUUUCCACCAUUAAAUCUAUACUGAACAAAAAUAUAAACGCAACAUGGAACAAUUUCAAUGAUUUUACUUAGUUACAGUUCAUAUAAGGAAAUCAGUCAAUUGAAAUAAAUUAAUUAGGCCCUAAUCUAUGGAUUUCACAUGACUGGGCAGAGGCUCAGCCAUGGAUGGGCAUGGGAGGGCAAAGGCCCAUCCAUUUGGGAGCUAGGUCCACCCACUGGUGAGCCAGGGUCGAGCCAAUCGGAGUGAGUUUCCCCCCACAAAAGGGCUUAUUACAGACAGAAAUACUCCACAGUUUCAUCAGCUGUCCGGGUAGCUGGACACUGAUGAUGAAGAAGCCGGAUGUGGAGGUCCUGGGCUGUUGUGGUUAAACGUGGUUGUGAGGCCUGUUGGACUUACUGCCAAAUUCUCUAAAACGACGUUGGAGGCGGCUUAUGGUAGAGAAAUGAACAUUAAAUUAUCUGGCAACAGCUCUGGUGGAGAUUCCUGCAGUCAGCAUGCCAAUUGCACGCUCCCUCAACAUGAGACAUCUGUGGCAUUGUGUGAGAAAAAAACCCCAUAUUUUAGUGGCCUUUUAUUGUCCCCAGCACAAGGUGCACCUGUGUCAUGAUCAUGCCGUUUUUAAUCAGAGAAAUGCUCACUAACAGGGAUCUAAACACAUUUUUGCACAAAAUGAGAGAUAUGCUUUUUGUGCAUAUGGUCAUUUUCUGGGAUCUUCUAUUUCAGCUCAUGAAACAUGGGACCAACACUUUACAUGUUGCGUUUAGUUUAGGAGGAUAUUGACUCCUUUGCACCUUUUGAAUGGAGUAUUGUUUUUAUUUACGAAUCGGUCCAUGCUGCUGCGUACCAGAUUAGCAAAAAAGAACACAAAGCAGACUAAACUCUAUGGUCCUUUAAAUCCUACUCGUUUAAAAUAUUGUGUGCUAUAAUUUGCAGUACAAUAUUGAGCGCUAUAGCUUGAAAAAUAAACAUGUGACUGGGUGACAACGCAACGCAGUUUCUUCCCCAACAUUAGGACUGUUUUAGGAAUGUCUAAAUGCUGUUUUGAAGUCUCUUAAUCAAUAUGCAGAAACAGUUCAUGAUGUAUUGAAAACAUAAAAUUGACUACCUACACAUAGUGGAUGUUAACGGUUGGGCACAGAAAAUACAUUUUGGGUAAUUUGCAUAAUUGAGUGGAAUUAAAUUGGCACGUGUUUUCUGUUUUCGUUAGUCGUCGUGUAUCACACUCACAGCAAACAUGCUCUAUUCGGGUCCUCAAUCUAGGUUAACGCCUGUCAAGACACCUAAGUCCAAUGUUUAAAAAUAUAUAUAUACAUUUCCGGAAUGGAAAAAUGCUUUAACUUAAAUGACUAAAACCAGAUAUAAAGUAUUUAGAAAAGAUCAUGGACCUACACUACAUGAUUAAAGGUAUGUGGACACCUGAUCGUCCAACAUCUCAUUCCAAAAUCAUGGGCAUUAAUAUGGAGUUGGUCCCCCCUUUGCUGCUAUAACAGCCUCCACUCUUCUGGGAAGGCUUUCCACUAGAUGUUGGAUCAUUGCUGCAGGGACUUGCUUCCAUUCAGCCACAAGAGCAUUAGUGAGGUCGGGUACUGAUGUUGGGCGAUUAGGCCUUGGCUCGCAGUCGGCGUUCCAUUUCAUCCCAAAGGUGUUCGGUGGGGUUGAGGUCAGGGCUCUGUGCAGGCCAGUCAAGUUCUUCCACACCGAUCUCGACAAACCAUUUUUGUGUGGACCUCGCUUUGUGCACGGGGUCAUUGCCAUGCUGAAACAGGAAGGAGCCUUCCCCAAACUGUUGCCACAUAGUUGGAAGAACAGAAUCGUCUAGAAUGUCAUUUGUAUGCUGUAGCGUUAUUUCCCUUCACUGGAACUAAGGGGCCUAGCCCGAACCAUGAAAAACAGCCCCAGAGCAUUAUCCGUCCUCCACAACUUUACAGUUGGCACUAUGCAUUCGGGCAGGUAGCGUUUUCCUGGCAUCCGCCAAACCCCAGAUUCGUCCGUCGGAUUGCCAGAUGGUGAAGCUGAGCCUCUGGUUGCUCCUAGAUGUUUCCACACGAUAACAGCACUUCCAGUUGACCGGGGAAGCUCUAGCAGGGCAUAAAUCUGUCGGACUGACUUAUUGGAAAGGUGGCAUCCUAUGACGGCGCCACGUUGAAAGUCACUGAGCUCUUCGUAAAGGCCAACGUUUGUCUAUGGAGAUUGCAUGGCUGUGUUUUUGAUUUUAUACACCCGUCAGCAACGGUUGUAGCUUAAAUGGGCGAAUCCACUAAUUUGAAGGGGUGUCCACAUACCUUUGUGUGUGUAUAUAUAUAUACAGUGGGGAAAAAAAGUAUUUAGUCAGCCACCAAUUGUGCAAGUUCUCCCACUUAAAAAGAUGAGAGAGGCCUGUAAUUUUCAUCAUAGGUACAUGUCAACUAUGACAGACAAAAUCAGAAAAAAAAAUCCAGAAAAUCACAUUGUAGGAUUUUUAAUGAAUUUAUUUGCAAAUUAUGGUGGAAAAUAAGUAUUUGGUCAAUAGCAAAAGUUUCUCAAUACUUUGUUAUAUACCCUUUGUUGGCAAUGACACAGGUCAAACGUUUUCUGUAAGUCUUCACAAGGUAUUCACACACUGUUGCUGGUAUUUUGGCCCAUUCCUCCAUGCAGAUCUCCUCUAGAGCAGUGAUGUUUUGGGGCUGUGGCUGGGCAACACUGACUUUCAACUCCCUCCAAAGAUUUUCUAUGGGGUUGAGAUCUGGAGACUGGCUAGGCCACUCCAGGACCUUGAAAUGCUUCUUACGAAGCCACUCCUUCGUUGCCCAGGCGGUGUGUUUGGGAUCAUUGUCAUGCUGAAAGACCCAGCCACGUUUCAUCUUCAAUGCCCUUGCUGAUGGAAGGAGGUUUUCACUCAAAAUCUCACGAUACAUGGCCCCAUUCAUUAUUUUCUUUACACGGAUCAGUCGUCCUGGUCCCUUUGCAGAAAAACAGCCCCAAAGCAUGAUGUUUCCACCCCCAUGCUUCACAGUAGGUAUUGUGUUCUUUGGAUGCAACUCAGCAAUCUUUGUCCUCCAAACACGACGAGUUGAGUUUUUACCAAAAAGUUAUAUUUUGGUUUCAUCUGACCAUAUGACAUUCUCCCAAUCCUCUUCUGGAUCAUCCAAAUGCACUCUAGCAAACUUCAGACAGGCCUGGACAUGUACUGGCUUAAGCAGGGGGACACGUCUAGCACUGCAGGAUUUGAGUCCCUGGCGGCGUAGUGUGUUACUGAUGGUAGGCUUUGUUACUUUGGUCCCAGCUCUCUGCAGGUCAUUCACUAGGUCCCCCCGUGUGGUUCUGGGAUUUUUGCUCACCGUUCUUGUGAUCAUUUUGACCCCACGGGGUGAGAUCUUGCGUGGAGCCCCAGAUCGAGGGAGAUUAUCAGUGGUCUUGUAUGUCUUCCAUUUCCUAAUAAUUGCUCCCACAGUUGAUUUCUUCAAACCAAGCUGCUUACCUAUUGCAGAUUCAGUCUUCCCAGCCUGGUGCAGGUCUACAAUUUUGUUUCUGGUGUCCUUUGACAGCUCUUUGGUCUUGGCCAUAGUGGAGUUUGGAGUGUGACUGUUUGAGGUUGUGGACAGGUGUCUUUUAUACUGAUAACAAGUUCAAACAGUUGCCAUUAAUACAGGUAACGAGUUGAGGACAGAGGAGCCUCUUAAAGAAGAAGUUACAGGUCUGUGAGAGCCAGAAAUCUUGCUUGUUUGUAGGUGACCAAAUACUUAUUUUCCACCAUAAUUUGCAAAUAAAUUCAUUAAAAAUCCUACAAUGUGAUUUUCUGGAUUUUUUUUUCUCAAUUUGUCUGUCAUAGUUGUCGUGUACCUAUGAUGAAUAUUACAGGCCUCUCUCAUCUUUUUAAGUGGGAGAACUUGCACAAUUGGUGGCUGACUAAAUACUUUUUUCCCCCACUGUAUAUAUAUAUAGUGUAUAAAGAUUAGCUGGCUAAUCACUAGCAUGUGGGCUUGUCCUUUAGAGAUAGUUUAUGAGACCUGUGUUAAUUUGCUGCUACAAGAAGUUAGUAAUUUAGUGAAUGUGCAUUGUGCAUGGUUCUGGGUAAAUUUGUAACAAAAGGGGAAUUUUCAUAGAAUGACUUGACAGCCUGUGAUUAUUGCAAAAAAAGGUUGAACUAUUUUAAUUAAAUUAUAAGUGGGUCUUAUGGUUGUGGAAGGCUUAUACUUAGCUUAAGUAUAAUAUCACAAGCCCUGAAUUCAUUAGAUUAUUGGUGACUGUUUGGAAUUAAGUGUAUUUGACCUUUUUAAUUGUACAACAAAGCUUAUUUAGAGAGAACAUAAUUUUUUUUUUUUUUUUAACAUGGAAUCGUCUGAAAAAUCAAGAGGAUUUUUUUGGGGCCAUAUCGCCCUACAAUUGGCUACAUUUUCAAAUGAUACGUUUUGAUAUGGGGGUCGCCAAAACAAAGUAAGAAGCGCAACACUUAUUUGUCAAUCACUCAUAUCGAUAUCGUGUUGAAAUCAAUAGAACGAGUGGGGGGUUUCGGGCCGUCCUGUUCAAACUAACCGUACAAAAGAAAACAUGGAAUCCGCGAAUAAUUAGGUGGCUCGCGAAAGUAUUCAACCCCUUUGGCAUUUUUCCUAUUUUGUUGCCUUACAACCUGGAAUUUUUUUGGGGGUUUGUAUCAUUUGAUUUCCACAACAUGCCUACCACUUUGAAGAUGGCAAAUCUUUUUUGUGUGUGAAACAAACAAGAAAUAAGACAACAGAACUUGCAUAGCUAUUCACCUUUUGCAGCAAUUACAGCUGCAAGUCUCUUGGGGUAUGUCUCUAUAAGCUUGGCACAUCUAGCCACUGGGAUUUUUGCCCAUUCUUCAAGGCAAAACUGCUCCAGCUCCUUCAAGUUGGAUGGGUUCUGCUGGUGUACAGCAAUCUUUAAGUCAUACCUCAGAUUCUCAAUUGGAAUUCCAAGAAAUUUAAAUGUAUGUUUAGGGUCAUUGUCCAGCUGGAAGGGGAACCUCCGUCCCAGUCUUAAAUCUCUAGAAGAUUGAAACAGGUUUCCCUCAAGAAUUUCCCUGUAUUUAGCGCCAUCCAUCAUUCCUUCAAUUCUGACCAGUCCCUUGCCGAUGGAAAAACAUCCCCACAGCAUGAUGCUGCCACCACCAUGCUUCACUGUGGGGAUGGUGUUCUCGGGGUGAUGAGAGGUGUUGGAUUUGCGCCAGACAUAGCGUUUACCUUGAUGGCCAAAAAGCUCAAUUUUAGUCUCGUCAAUGUAAUCCAUUUUAAAGUCAGGCUGUAACAGAACAAAACGUGGGAAAGGUAGAGGGGUAUGAAUACUUUCUGAAGGCGCUAUACAUGUAAUCCGUUACACUCCAACCCUGCUUAUGGCCACAUCUAUAACCAAAAGCACACAAAAAAAAUUGGGGGGUAGUGAUAUUUAGAGAACACGAUGCUACAAGUUGAUUUCACAUGCUGUGCAUUUCGGGGAAGUAUUCAGACCCCUUGACCUUUUCCACAUUGUUACGUUACAGCCUUAUUCUAAAAUGGAUUAAAGUACUUUUUUCCCUCAUCAAUCUACACACCACCCCAUAAUAACAAAGCGAAAACAGGCUUUUAGAUAUUUUUGCCAGGCAAUUUAUAUAAAAUAGAUACAUUAUUUACAUAUGUAUUCAGACCCUUUGCUAUGAGACUCAAUUGAGCUCCGGUGCAUCCUGUUUCCAUUGAUCAUUCUUCAGAUGUUUCUACAACUUGAUUGAAGUCAACCUGUGGUAAAUUCAAUUGAUUGGACAUGAUUUGGAAAGGCACACACCUGUCUAUAUUAGGUCCCACAGUUGACAGUGCACGUCAUAGCAAACCCAAGCCAUGAGGUCGAAGGAAUUGUCCGUAGAGCUCCGAGACAGGAUUGUGUCGAGGCACAGAUCUGGGGAAGGGUACCAAAACAUUUCUGCAGCAUUGAAGGUCGCCAAGAACACAGUGGCCUCCAUCAUUCUUAAAUGGAAGAGGUUUGGAACCACCAAGACUCUUCCUAGAGCUGGCCGCCUGGCCAAACUGAGCAAUCGGGGGAGAAGGGCCUUGGUCAGGAAGGUGACCAAGAACUCGAUUGUGACUCUGACAGAGCAACAGAGUUCUUCUGUGGAGAUGGGAGAAUCUUCCAGAAGGACAACCAUCUCUGCAGUACUCCACCAAUCAGGCCUUUAUGGUAGAGUGGCCAGAAGGAAGCCACUCUUAGUAAAAGGCACAUGACAGCCCGCUUGGAGUUUGCCAAAAGGCACCUAAAGGACUCUGACCAUAAGAAACAAGAUUCUCUGGUCUGAUGAAACCAUGAUUUAAUUGUUUGACCUGAAUGCCAAUCGUCACGUCUGGAGGAAACCUGGCACCAUCCCUACGAUGAAGCAUGGUGGUGGCAGCAUCAUGUUGUGGGGAUGUUUUUCAGCGUCAAGGACUGGGAUACUAGUCAGGAUCGAGGGAAAGAUGAACGGAGCAAAGUACAGAGAGAUCCUUGAUGAAAGCCUGCUCCAGAGCGUUCAGGACCUCAGACUGGGGCGACGGUUCACCUUCCAACAGGACAACACGCAGGAGUGGCUUCGGGACAAGUUUCUGAAUGUCCUUCAGUGGCCCAGCCAGAGCCCGGACUUGAAAACCAAUCGAACAUCUCUGUAGAGACCUGAAAAUAGCUGUGUAGCGACGCUCCCCGUCCAACCUGACAGAGCUUGAGAGGAUCUGCAGAGAGGAAUGGGAGAAACUCCCCAAAUACAGGUGUGCCAAGCUUGUAGCGUCAUAAAGGGUCUGAAUACUUAUUAAAAUUGGAUAUUGAAUUUUUUAAAAUUAUAUAUAUAUUUGCUAAAAUGUCUCUGUUUUUCCUUUUGUGGUAUUGUGUGUAGAUUGAGGGGAGAAAAAAAAACCAAUAUAAUACAUUUUAGAAUAAGGCGGUAACGUAACAAAUUGUGGGAAAAGUCAAGGGUUAGAGAACGUUCCGAAUGCACUGUAUAACACUGGUUAGAAGACCGCCAGCUACAGUUUGGAUUGUUGCAUUUGGUUUCAAUUUGGUCGCCAAUGCCUGUUGGCUGUUAUUUAAGUCAUAGGUUGACUCUCAAAUCAAUGGCCAGCAUAUUUUUAAUUUUAUUGUGCAGAGCUCCCAUAAUUGUUCGUUCAAUCAAUCAAUAAAUAAAAAGGUUUUAAGGCCUGCGAACUCCAGCACGUAUACCAAAACCAAAGAUAUCUGUUUUAAGCAAUCUUUUUUCAUGCCAUCGUGAUGACACCAGUCUGAGGUAAAAGGGUAAUUCCCCUAAAUUGGAUGUGGUCAAACAUGAGGUUGUGUAAUAUAGUAAGACCUACUGUCCCUGUUGGCACAAUAUAAUAUGUACAAAUAAAUCAACAUUUCAAUUUGGGUUGAUAGUGUUACCCACUCACACGUUCUUGCCACGAUCACAUUUUUCUCACUAGUUUAACCAUUUUACAGAGUUUUAAAAAUGCGCUUAUGCACAAUUGAACCGUGUGCUCUAGAAAGCUUCCAUAGUGACUGCAGCAGCUCGUUCAUUCACCCUGCCUACAGCUAUCCGAGACUAGCGGCAUGGAUGCAGGGGGUUAACGAGCCUUCUGGCGUUGUUUUGUCUACUAGAAUCAUGCCUCGAACUAGCCGACUAAACUCAACUUCACUAUUUACAAUGGAGUUGAGCGCUGUCUAGUGUGUGUGUGUGUGUGGACUGGUGCUCCGACGUCACAAAAAAAAAUGUAAACGCUGAUUUCAUUACCCAAAGCCCCGUGGAACUAUGUUUUGAUAAUCCGGCUCUGGUCGGCGCUCCAAUCCGAACAAACUAUUCGCCGCUCAACUCCAUCAUAAAGUUUAGUCAGUUCUAUCUAGUCAGCCAGUCAACUCCAUCAUGAAGUUUAGUCAGUUCUAUCUAGUCAGCCAGUCAACUCCAUCAUGAAGUUUAGUCAGUUCUAUCUAGUCAGCCAGUCAACUCCAUCAUGAAGUUUAGUCAGUUCUAUCUAGUCAGCCAGUCAACUCCAUCAUGAAGUUUAGUCAGUUCUAUCUAGUCAGCCAGUCAACUCCAUCAUAAAGUUUAGUCAGUUCUAUCUAGUCAGCCAGUCAACUCCAUCAUGAAGUUUAGUCAGUUCUAUCUAGUCAGCCAGUCAACUCCAUCAUGAAGUUUAGUCAGUUCUAUCUAGUCAGCCAGUCAACUCCAUCAUAAAGUUUAGUCAGUUCUAUCUAGUCAGCCAGUCAACUCCAUCAUGAAGUUUAGUCAGUUCUAUCUAGUCAGCCAGUCAACUCCAUCAUGAAGUUUAGUCAGUUCUAUCUAGUCAGCCAGUCAACUCCAUCAUAAGUUUAGUCAGUUCUAUCUAGUCAGCCAGUCAACUCCAUCAUGAAGUUUAGUCAGUUCUAUCUAGUCAGCCAGUCAACUCCAUCAUAAAGUUUAGUCAGUUCUAUCUAGUCAGCCAGUCAACUCCAUCAUGAAGUUUAGUCAGUUCUAUCUAGUCAGCCAGUCAACUCCAUCAUGAAGUUUAGUCAGUUCUAUCUAGUCAGCCAGUCAACUCCAUCAUAAAGUUUAGUCAGUUCUAUCUAGUCAGCCAGUCAACUCCAUCAUGAAGUUUAGUCAGUUCUAUCUAGUCAGCCAGUCAACUCCAUCAUGAAGUUUAGUCAGUUCUAUCUAGUCAGCCAGUCAACUCCAUCAUAAAGUUUAGUCAGUUCUAUCUAGUCAGCCAGUCAACUCCAUCAUAAAGUUUAGUCAGUUCUAUCUAGUCAGCCAGUCAACUCCAUCAUAAAGUUUAGUCAGUUCUAUCUAGUCAGCCAGUCAACUCCAUCAUAAAGUUUAGUCAGUUCUAUCUAGUCAGCCAGUCAACUCCAUCAUGAAGUUUAGUCAGUUCUAUCUAGUCAGCCAGUCAACUCCAUCAUGAAGUUUAGUCAGUUCUAUCUAGUCAGCCAGUCAACUCCAUCAUGAAGUUUAGUCAGUUCUAUCUAGUCAGCCAGUCAACUCCAUCAUGAAGUUUAGUCAGUUCUAUCUAGUCAGCCAGUCAACUCCAUCAUGAAGUUUAGUCAGUUCUAUCUAGUCAGCCAGUCAACUCCAUCAUGAAGUUUUAGUCAGUUCUAUCUAGUCAGCCAGUCAACUCCAUCAUGAAGUUUAGUCAGUUCUAUCUAGUCAGCCAGUCAACUCCAUCAUGAAGUUUAGUCAGUUCUAUCUAGUCAGCCAGUCAACUCCAUCAUAAAGUUUAGUCAGUUCUAUCUAGUCAGCCAGUCAACUCCAUCAUAAAGUUUAGUCAGUUCUAUCUAGUCAGCCAGUCAACUCCAUCAUAAGUUUAGUCAGUUCUAUCUAGUCAGCCAGUCAACUCCAUCAUAAGUUUAGUCAGUUCUAUCUAGUCAGCCAGUCAACUCCAUCAUAAAGUUUAGUCAGUUCUAUCUAGUCAGCCAGUCAACUCCAUCAUGAAGUUUAGUCAGUUCUAUCUAGUCAGCCAGUCAACUCAUCAUAAAGUUUAGUCAGUUUCUAUCUAGUCAGCCAGUCAACUCCAUCAUAAAGUUUAGUCAGUUCUACUAGUCAGCCAGUCAACUCCAUCAUAAAGUUUAGUCAGUUCUAUCUAGUCGCCAGUCAACUCCAUCAUGAAUAAGUUUAGUCAGUUCAUCUAGUCAUGCCAGUCAAACUCCAUUCAUAAUUUAGUCAGUUCUUCUAUCUAGUCAGCCAGGUCAAACUUCCAUCAUUAAAGUUUAGUCAGUUCUAUCUAGUCAGCCAGUCAACUCCAUCAUAAAGUUUAGUCAGUGCUAUCUAGUCAGCCAGUCAACUCCAUCAUAAAGUUUAGUCAGUUCUAUCUACAGCCAGUUGCUCUGUUAAAUUGUGCUAGCUACGUCCCUAAUGGCAUCUUAUUCCCUACAUAGUGCACUUGUUUUGACCAGAGCCCUAAGGGCCUUGAUCAAAGGUAGCUUCCCCUAAAUGGACUCUGCACUCUGUUAGUUGAAAUCUACUAUGUCUAACUGUGGUUGUACCUAUCUCUGUCCUCCAGAGGGAGAGCUCAACGUACUGGACGAUAUCCUCACCGAGGCCCCUGAUCAGGACGAUGAGCUCUACAACCCGGAGAGUGAACACCACGUCAACCAGAAAAAAGGUACCUAUAACCGCGCAGUAAUUAAAAGAUGAAAAGCCUAUAUUAGCUAGCCUGAGUGCCCAGUCAUUGGCAGUCCAGUCUUUGUCAUCCCUGUUUGCGAUGUACACUGAAUAAAAAUAUAACUGCAACACCUGUCAGGUGGCUGGAAUUUUUUUUUGGCAAUGGGGAAAUGCUCACUAACAGGGAUGUAAACUAAUUUGUGGCAACAAUUUGAGAGAAGUAAGCUUUUUGUGCGUAUGGAACAUUUCUGGGAUCUUUUAUGUCAGCUCAUGAAACAGGGGACUAAUGCUUUACAUGUUGUUAAAUUUUUUGUUCAGUAUAGUUUGCAAGAACAUAAACUCACCCUGAAUAAGGGUGCAUGUUAAAAAAAACAAGUUUAUUUUUAUAUAUAUAUAUUUUUUAUCGAAUUCAAUAUCUAAGCCCCAAACAGAACAGGAGCACAGAUCACAAAGGAUAUUUUUGCAUUGUAAUUUCAGAAAAUGUCCAUAUCUGGCGCUAAUAGUGGAAAGAUGGUGUUUCACAGUAUUAACUUACCCACCAGUGUUGUGAUUGGCUGUGAUAUUGGCCUAUUGGUUUCUCCUGCCGGAGCGGCGUCUGGUGUCAAACUGAGAAAGCUAUUCUGACUUGCUCAUUGUACCAUCUAAAUCGUUGUGAAAUAUAUUUUCAGUUGCUUUUGUCCACCAGCUUCAAUCAGCUGUAAAAAUGCGAUUUUUAGAUGGUACAGUUAUUCCCUACAGUAUUCAGCGCUUGUUUCUCACAAACUGAAAUUGAGCGAACAGUGUAGAAUUUGAUCAACCGGGUAAUGAGCAAUUUCCACUAGAUAACACAGCCACAAAGUCAGAACAGAUGCUGCUCCAGCGGGAGGAGUCAAAGGGAGACUGACAGACGGUCCAUCAACAAGCCAGAGGGGUUUAGGAACAUGGGACACACUUUCAAAAUGUAAUAUUGAAGAUUUAAUAUGACCUUUCCUCCUCCAGGGUCUAAGAGGAAGAACGACCGAGGGGAUAACCACGAGCUGAAGCGUCUGCGGCCCUCGGUUCACACCACCACCAGACAGGCCACCAAGAGAUCUGCCCCCUCGGCUGGGGCCAGCGGGAAGAAGCUGGUCAACCCCAGGGGAGGACGGCACCCCUCCGAAUACAAGACUGAAGAUUACUACGAGGACAGGAAGACCCAUUCCAUGAGAGCUGGUGGGGCGCAGAGGGGGGACCCUCUCAAAGCAGCCCAGCCUGACAAGCCCCUGGGCCGCAGGAGAGAGCCAGACAGACAGAGGAUCAAGCCCCUCAUGCCAGAGCUCACCACAGAGGUAGGAGCAGCUUUACUAAGUGAAGUUACUAUUUUGUUUCUCAGCAGGGAAUACAUGUUUACUUGAUAGGACACCAACCUGUUUUUUGCCACAAUAAACUAAAUUGAAGGAGUAGACGACUCGUUUCUGACUAGAUCACCUCCCGAGUGGCGCAGUGGUCCAAGGCACUGCAUCGCAGUGCUAGCUGUGCCACUAGAGAUCCUGGUUGGAAUCCAGGCUCUGUCGUAGCCGGCCGCGACCGGGAGACCCAUGGGGCGGCGCACAAAUGGCCCAGCGUCGUCUAGGGUAGGGGAGGGAAUGGCCCAGCGUCCUCCAGGGUAGGGGAGGGAAAGGCCCAGCGUCCUCCAGGGUAGGGGAGGGAAUGGCCCAGCGUCCUCCAGGGUAGGGGAGGGAAAGGCCCAGCGUCCUCCAGGGUAGGGGAGGGAAAGGCCCAGCGUCCUCCAGGGUAGGGGAGGGAAUGGCCCAGCGUCCUCCAGGGUAGGGGAGGGAAUGGCCCACCGUCCUCCAGGGUAGGGGAGGGAAUGGCCCAGCGUCCUCCAGGGUAGGGGAGGGAAAGGCCCAGCGUCGUCCAGGGUAGGGGAGGGAAUGGCCCAGCGUCCUCCAGGGUAGGGGAGGGAAUGGCCCACCGUCCUCCAGGGUAGGGGAGGGAAUGGCCCAGCGUCCUCCAGGGUAGGGGAGGGAAAGGCCCAGCGUCGUCCAGGGUAGGGGAGGGAAUGGCUCAGCGUCCUCCAGGGUAGGGGAGGGAAAGGCCCAGCGUCGUCCAGGGUAGGGGAGGGAAUGGCCCAGCGUCCUCCAGGGUAGGGGAGGGAAUGGCCCAGCGUCCUCCAGGGUAGGGGAGGGAAUGGCCCCAGCGUCCUCCAGGGUAGGGGAGGGAAUGGCCCAGCGUCCUCCAGGGUAGGGGAGGGAAAGGCCCAGCGUCGUCCAGGGUAGGGGAGGGAAUGGCCCAGCGUCCUCCAGGGUAGGGGAGGGAAUGGCCCAGCGUCCUCCAGGGUAGGGGAGGGAAAGGCCCAGCGUCCUCCAGGGUAGGGGAGGGAAUGGCCCAGCGUCCUCCAGGGUAGGGGAGGGAAUGGCCCAGCGUCCUCCAGGGUAGGGGAGGGAAUGGCCCGGCGUCCUCCAGGGUAGGGGAGGGAAUGGCCCGGCGUCCUCCAGGGUAGGGGAGGGAAUGGCCCGGCGUCCUCCAGGGUAGGGGAGGGAAUGGCCCAGCGUCCUCCAGGGUAGGGGAGGGAAUGGCCGGCAGGGAUGGAGCCCAGUUGGUAGAGGGCCAGUAUGAAAAAUACAAAAAAAUAAUGUAUGCACUCACUAACUGUAAGUCGCUCUGGAUAAGAGCGUCUGCUAAAUGACUAAAAUGUUAUUACUAAUCUACCGCCUUCCCUGACAGUCCCACCCACAGUGUUUGAUUGACAGGUCUGAAACCCUACCAGCUCUGUGACCUUAAACAUCCUGCCCCCUUCCCUGACAAUCCCACCCACAGUGUUUGAUUGACAGGCCAAACUGUUAAAGGGAUAGUUCAUCCAAAUGACAAAAUGACACACCCCCAAGUGUCCACAGCAGCAGAGCCAAUCAAAUACAUCAGUUGAAGAACAAACACAAAUUGUGGCAAUUCAUAUGGAACUGUAAAUAUAACUUUAAUCUCAAGAGAAGGCCGGUUUAAUGUUAAAGGUUAUCUUUCUUAGUGAUCAUAUAGGCCUAGUCGAUAUCCAAAACAACUAACUCACUGAAUUCAUACAUUUUCUGUAAUUUUAAUUGUAAAGUCAUGUCUUUCUACUUAAUACCACAACUAAUUUUGCCGAUCCGGGAGGUGAAAUGGUGAAAGUAAUCAUUUAGGUGUGUGGGAACUCCCUGGCUUGCUACUUUUUCUAUUUGGCUGACUUACGGACAACACACUGCUAUAGGACACUGGUUUUGACCAGAACCCUAUGGUCCACUUUUCACCAAAGCCUUAUGGCCUUUGCCAAAAGUAGUGCGCUACAUCGGGAAUAGGGUGCCAAAAGUAGUGCACUACAUAGGGAAUAGGGUGCCAUUUACAGAACCUCAUGCCUUUCUGUUCUGUCUUGUCUAGAAGCUGAUGCGUCCCAGUGAGGAGAGUGUUGGCAGGGUCAGCGCCUCCUCCAAGGAAGAGGAAGAGGAGGAGGAAGAGGAGGCGUCGGACCAGGAGACAGGCAGCACGGCCGAGUCCUCCGAUGGAGACAGAUCCAACAUGGAGGGAGAAGAGGGGAUGGAGGAGGAAGAGGAGGAGGGAGAGAAGGGCCCAGAGGAAGACGAGGAAGACGAGGAGGAGGAGGAGGAGUAUGAGCAGGAGGAAGGGGAUCAGAGAGCCGUGAAUGAACCGCAUGGCUACGACACUCGCAGCGAAGCCAGCGACUCCCAGUCUGACUCCGUGUCCUUCUCUGAGGGGGAGUCGGUUCGCUCUGGCUCCGGGUCUGACGCCUCAGGUAAACGAACACCUGCUCAACACCAUUUCUUUUCACUAUCCCAGUUGCAUCCCAUUCCCCGACAUCUGUUCACUUCCCUUCCUGGAUUAAGAAGGAAAUUACUGGUAUAAUGAAAUGGGGGAAACGCCCUCUCUAGCCUACACCAAUCCAAUGUUUAUACAUACUGUGGGGAGAACAAGUAUUUGAUACACUGCCGAUUUUGCAGGUUUUCCUACUUACAAAGCAUGUAGAGGUCUGUAAUUUUUAUCAUAGGUACACUUCAACUGUGAGAGACAGAAUCUGAAACAAAAAUCCAGAAAAUCACAUUUGAUUUUUAAGUAAUUAAUUUGCAUUUUUUAAUUUGCAACCUUCAAAUGGGGGAAACGCGCUCUCUAGCCUACACCAAUCCAAUGUUUAUACAUAUGUGGGAAGCAGUGAAUGAAUGAGUGCACACUUCUGGAGCAAGGAGAGAUUAUUGGGAAGCAGCUCAGAACUAGUGUGAGAUUCUAUAGACUCCGCCCCCUUCCUAAUUCACUGUUAGUAAUACCAGCAGCAGGAUACCAGUUCAAACACACUUCACAUGUUCCGUCCGAUUUGUACUGAUAAUAUGUUGUUAAAAUGUUCACCAUGGGCUGCAGCCUGGAUGUGAAAAUAAGAAGCACGUUGAGAGAACUGAAGUGAGCUUGAAAUGCGUCCCAAAUUUACUUUAUGAUUAUUUUAAUAAUUUUUACCCCCUUUUCUCCCCAAUUUCGUGAUUACGAUCUUGUCUCAUCACUGCAACUCCCCCGACGUGCUCGGGAGAGGCGAAGGUCGAGUCGUGCGUCCUCCGAAACAUGACCCGCCAAGCUGCACUUCUUAACACCCGCCUGCUUAACCAGGAAGCCAGCCGCACCAAUGUGUCGGAGGAAACACCGUUCAACUGACGACCGAAGUCAGCCUGCAGGCGCCCGGCCCGCCACAAGGAGUCGCAAGAGCGCGAUGAGCCAAGUAAAGUCCCCCCCCCCAGGCCAAACCCUCCCCUAACCCGGUCGACGCUGGGCCAAUCGUGCGUCGCCCUAUGGGACUCCCAGUCACGGCCGGUAACCCCGGCCUGUAGUGACGCUGCUACCCUGCGAUGCAGUGCCUUAGACGCUGCGCCUCUCGGGAGGCGCCUGUAUUUAUUUAUUUAUUUAUGUAACCUUUAUUUUGACGGAGACCAAGGUCUCUUUCACAGAUGACCCUGUAUCAAACAAUAUACAUCAAUAUAAACACAUCAUUAUAUUCACAUCAAUAUAAACACAUCAAUAUAAACACAUCAAUAUAAACACAUCAUUAUAAACACAUCAAUAUAAACACAUCAUUAUAAACACAUCAUUAUAAACACAUCAAUAUUCACAUCAAUAUAAACACAUCAUUAUAAACACAUCAAUAUUCACAUCAAUAUAAACACAUCAUUAUAAACACAUCAUUAUAAACACAUCAAUAUAAACACAUCAUUAUAAACACAUCAAUAUUCACAUCAAUAUAAACACAUCAAUAUAAACACAUCAAUAUAAACACAUCAAUAUAAACACAUCAUUAUAAACACAUCAAUAUAAACACAUCAUUAUAAACACAUCAAUAUAAACACAUCAUUAUAAACACAUCAUUAUAAACACAUCAAUACACUAAAAGCAAAACACAAUCAUAGAAAACAAACCCAUUCCUCAGUAAAAACGGUCCUCAAUCAGCCUUUUGAAUAGUCAGAGGCACCAAUUUAGAGAGCCUUGGAGAUUAUUCCACAAGUAAGGUGCAAAAAAAUCUAAAAGCAGAUUAUCGUUGGAGAUCGAAGGGAUCUCUCAGCCCGGGUACGUCUGUAAGUUAACAAUGGAGUAAGGUACAGCGGAAGUUUAUGCAGGAGGGCUUUAUAAACAUCGAUCUAGGAGAUUUCAAAGAGGGCCAGGCUACUUUCUGAUACAGAAAGCUAUGAUGUGUACUAAGCCUGUUGCCUGUAAUAAAGCGUAGUGUUAUAAGCUGUGUCCAGUGGCUUCAAUACAGUGGCAGCUGUAUUCAUAUAGACGAUAUCCCCAUUAUCUAUAACCGGUAUGAAUGUCAACUGAAUGAUUUGUUUUCUGUUAUUUAAUGAAAGGAAUGGCCUAUUCCUAUAAAGGAAGCCCAUUUUAAUUCUUAACUAACUCAUCAACAUGCUUUCUGAAACAUAGCUCUCGUUAAUCCAGAUGCCUAGAUACACUACAUGACCAAAGGUACUGACUGGCGCUCUGCGCUCUCUAUCAGUUAGUUAUUUGACUGUUGUAGCUGACCGGUAUACUGUUGAGUACAUAGACACACAGGCUUUAUUCAAGGUCAGUGGAAGGUCAUUAGUAAACACAGAAAACGAUGAUGGCCAGCUGCUCUGCAGUACAUCACACUUAACUGAAUUUGCAUUAAGACGCUUCCAUUUAACGAAACCCAUCUAAUAGAACACAAGUUUUUUUUUCAGCAAUAGGUUAUGAUCAAUGAUAUCAAAAGCUGCACUGAAGUCGAACAAAACGGCUCCCACAGUCUUCUUACUAUCAAUUUCUUUCAAUCAUCAGUCAUUUGUGUCAGUGCCGAGCAUGUUGAGUGCCCUUCUCCAUAAGCAUGCUGCAAGUCUGUUACUUAGUUUUCUGUAAAAUAACUUUAUUUGGUCAAACACAAUUUGUUUUCCCAAAGUUUGCUAAGCACUGGUAACGGGCAGUUUGAACCAUUUUUAAAGGGUGCUCUGCUAUUCUUGGGCAGCAGACUGACCUUUGCCUCCCUCCAGGCCUGAUGGCACACUCUGUCCCUUAACCUUGUCAACAGAAAAGUGAUUAAAGUGGUUGGCAAUAUCGAAGGGUUUUGUUAUGAACAAGCCAUCUGCCUCAGUGAAGGAUGGAAUUUCAUUUGGGAAAAAAACUCCAGAACAUUUUACUACCUCUCUUUACCUUUCAUCUUUGUUCCGUAGAGCAGCUUAUUUUGUUUAGUUACGUGAUUUCUCGAUUUACUGGAUGUUUGCCGGUGUGUUGUCAGACUUAUUUGCUAUUCCCAUUGCCUCAUCCCUCUCAGCCAUAGUUUUUCAAUUCAUCAUCUAUCCACGGAGAUUUGACAGUUCUAACAGUCAGUUUCUUAAUGGGCGCAUGCCCAUCAGUAACCGGAAGAAGCAGUUUUAAUAAAUGCUUCAAGUGCAGCUUCAGGUUGUUCCUAAUUACACACAUCACACCAACACAUAUUCUUCACAUCUUCGACAUAGUAAUCAUUGCAAAACCUCUUGUAUGACCUCUUAUACACUAUUUUAGGCCCAGCCUUUGGAUCUCUGGUUUUCCUAGAUAUGGCUACUACAUUAUGAUCACUACAUCCGAUGGAUACUGCGUUAGAGCAGAUCUCUGCAGCAUUAGUAAAGAUGUGAUCAAUACAUGUGGAUUUCAAUCCUGUGCUGUUUGUAAAUACCCUGGUAGGUUGACUAACAACCUGAACCAGGUUGCAGGCACUGGUUACAGUUUGAAGCUUAUUUUUGACGGGACAGCUUGAUGACAACCAGUGUUGGGUAUUUUUUUUCAGUGGACCAUACAGAGCCAUGGUACUGAGUGGUACACAAGGUCAGACCAUAGGUUAAACAUAGUCAAUCUGUCUAGACUAUGAAGAUUAAAACCUAGUCCUACUGCUUGUCUUUAUAAUUUCACUAAGUGGAUACGGAGUGGAACACUUUACAUUUACGUCAUUUAGCAGACGCUCUUAUCCAGAGCGACUUACAAAUUGGUGCAUUCAACUUAUGAUAGCCAGUGGGACAACCACUUUAUUUAUUUUUUAUGAGGGGAAGAAGGAUUACUUUUAUACUAUUCCAGGUAUUCCUUAAAGAGGUAGGGUUUCAAGUGUCUCCGGAAGGUGGUCAGUGACUCCGCUGUCCUGGCGUCGUGAGGGAGCUUGUUCCACCAUUGGGGUGCCAGAGCAGCGAAUAGCUUUGACUGGGCUGAGCGGGUACUGUGCUUCCGUAGAGGUAGGGGAGAUAGCAGGCCAGAGGUGGAUGAACGUAGUGCCCUCGUUUGGGUGUAGGGUCUGAUCAGAGCCUGAAGGUAAGGAGGUGCCGUUCCCCUCACAGCUCUGUAGGCAAGCCCAUGGUCUUGUAGUAGAUGCGAGCCUCAACUGGAAGCCAGUGGAGUGUGCGGAGGAGCGGGGUGACAUGAAGAACUUGGGAAGGUUGAACACCAACGGGCUUGCAGCGUUCUGGAUAAGUUGUAGGGUUUAAUGGCACAGGCAGGGAGCCAGCCACAGGAGUUGCAUUAAUCGGGACAAGUGCCUGGAUUAGGACCUGUGCCGCUUUCUGUGUAAGGUAGGGUCGUACUCUGCGAAUGUUGUAGAGCAUGAACCUGCAGGUUCGGGUCACCGCUUUGAUGUUAGCGGAGAACGACAGGGUUUUGUCCAGGGUCACGCCAAGGUUCUUUGCACUCUGGGAGGAGGACACAAGGGAGAUGUCAACCGUGAUGGCGAAAUCAUGGAGCAGGCAGUCCUUCCCCGGGAGGAAGAGCAGCUCCGUCAUGCCGAGGUUCAGCUUGAGGUGGUGAUCCGACAUCCACGCUGAUAUGUCUGCCAGACAUGCAGAGAUGCGAUUCGCCACCUGGUUAUCAGAAGGGGGAAAGGAGAAAGUUAAUUGUGUGUCGUCUGCGUAGCAAUGAUAGGAGAGACCAUGUGAGGGUAUGACAGAGCCAAGUGACUUGGUGUAUAGAGAGAAUAGGAGAGGGCCUAGAACUGAGCCCUGGGGGACACCAGUGGUGAGAGCACGUGGUGCGGAGACAGAUUCUCGCCCAACAUUUUAAAAAUCCCCUCAUCAAUUUACACACAAUACCCCAUAAUGACAAAGUGAAAACAGGUUGUUGGUAAUGUAUAGCCACCCCUCACCUUAUUAGUCUGUACCGCCUGAAGAUGUUGUAAUCAGCGAUGUCCUUAUCCGGGAUCGAGUCAGAAGAUGUUGUAAUCAGCGAUGUCCUUAUCCGGGAUCGAGUCAGAAGAUGUUGUAAUCAGCGAUGUCCUUAUCCGGGAUCGAGUCAGAAGAUGUUGUAAUCAGCGAUGUCCUUAUCCGGGAUCGAGUCAGAAGAUGUUGUAAUCAGCGAUGUCCUUAUCCGGGAUUGAGUCAUUUACCAAAGUCUCUCUGAGAACCAACAUAUCCGCGCUCGUGUCAUGCUCCCAGAUAUCAAGGGGGUCCAUCUUUGACAUCAACCUUCGUACGUUGAUAUGUAACAGCCCAAGCCCUCUAUGUGAUUUCAAAACAGCCUCCAUAUUUAUGGCAUCAUUACUAAUCUGUUUCUGCUAACUACAAAACUACAGGGUUGGUUAAGAGCGACGUCUGUAGGGGUAUCCAUAUUGACAGCGGGGGUAUCCAUAUUGACAGCGGGGGUAUCCAUAUUGACAGCGGGGGUAUCCAUAUUGAGAGCGGGGGUAUCCAUAUUGAGAGCGGGGGUAUCCAUAUUGACAGCGGGGGUAUCCAUAUUGACAGCGGGGGUAUCCAUAUUGACAGCGGGGGUAUCCAUAUUGACAGCGGGGGUAUCCAUAUUUAUUGUAUUUUAUAUAAUAGCACAGGACCAGCUGACCACAGUGGGCUUCCCAACUGUAACCACAGGACCAGCUGACCACAGUGGGCUUCCCAACAGUAGCCACAGGACCAGCUGACCACAGUGGGCUUCCCAACAGUAGCCACAGGACCAGCUGACCACAGUGGGCUUCCCAGCAGUAGCCACAGGACCAGCUGACCACAGUGGGCUUCCCAACAGUAGCCACAGGACCAGCUGACCACAGUGGGCUUCCCAACAGUAGCCACAGGACCAGCUGACCACAGUGGGCUUCCCAACAGUAGCCACAGGACCAGCUGACCACAGUGGGCUUCCCAACAGUAGCCACAGGACCAGCUGACCACAGUGGGCUUCCCAACAGUAGCCACAGGACCAGCUGACCACAGUGGGCUUCCCAACAGUAGCCACAGGACCAGCUGACCACAGUGGGCUUCCCAACAGUAGCCACAGGACCAGCUGACCACAGUGGGCUUCCCAACAGUAGCCACAGGACCAGCUGACCACAGUGGGCUUCCCAACAGGACCAGCUGACCACAGUGGGCUUCCCAACAGUAGCCACAGGACCAGCUGACCACAGUGGGCUUCCCAACAGUAGCCACAGGACCAGCUGACCACAGUGGGCUUCCCCCAGUUGGGCUGACCGUACAAUGAUAACGCUGUGAAAUGGUUGGAUGGGAAUAAUGACCCAAGCAGGGGUUGGGCUGUUGAGUCCGUUUUAGAAGAGCCUCCUUGAUGUUGGCCAAAAACCUUUGCCCCUUUCAUAGCCAUCCCUCUUGUAAAACUGAGGCCUCUCCCAAAAGUGGUCAAAAUUGUCAAUGAACUCCAAAUCCGUUGAGGAACAGUAGGAUUUAAGCCAGUUGUGCACCAGAGGAGAGGACUAAAGUGAUAUGGUUGGUAGAGGCCUGGAAAUGAGAACCCGCUUGUCUGUCUCCUUUAGCCUGCCUGUGAGAAGUCUGAAGUCAGCUUUUUUAAUUGCUCAGAUUUAUGCAACUUGAUGUCGUUUGUACCAACAUGAAUGACUACUGUGUGAGCAUUCGGGUGCUUCUCCAUCACAACAGGAACCAAAUGGCACCCUAUUCCCUAUAUAGUGCGUUACUUUAAACCGAGCACUGUAGGCUGUCCCACCUGGCGCUGCAGCGCUGGGGGCUGUGAAGAGCUGAGUGAAAGAUUCAUUUUUAGAAGCCUGACUCGAGUCGUGUUACCACGGUAACAACCCGCCCUUAAAGGGGCAGGUGAACAUUUUUGUCUAAUCUGUGAUAUUUUGGUUAAAAGACUCGGGUCACAAAAAAAUGAAAUGAAGCAAUAUACCACAUUACUUCUUACUAGUAAUACAUUUGUUUUAGAAACAUUACAAUGCAUGUUAAUCAGUUUUUUUGUGUAGGUGGAAUUUGAGUGGCAAAACAAAUAUUUUGGCUGGUAAAAUAUCGGAGUGGCUGGUAGAUUUCAUUUUAGGCCCUGAAAACUACAGUGCUGAAAUCCCAGGGAGACUUCUACUUUAGCCUGUUUUUAAAUGAUUUACAGAAAAGGAGCUAAAUGCUUAAUUUUUUUUGCUUUCAUCAGGCCAAUCAAAUUCCCGUGUUCUCGAACAGGUAUUCUGUCAGCAGAUUGCGUUCUGACUGAUGUAGCUACUUUUCUCCGGUAAAAUGCGAGAUUAACUUCAAGCAAAACGUUAAGAAAUGUAGCUGGCUAUGAUAAACAUUAGAAAUAUGAUGGCCAGGCAUACAUUUUGCAUACAUUUGCGAUUCUGAAGAAUCGGUGUAUCAAUAUUAUUUCCCCCUGGGUUUUUGCAGCCAUGGCAAUGUGCUGCUGUAAAUUGUUAGAUUUGAUGUAAUUUUGAAGUUUAACACGUUUUUGUUAAUUCUUCUUCUCCAGGUUCUGAGAAGAAGCGUGAGAAGCUGUCUUCCUCUGUUCGCGCCGUCCGUAAGGACCAGACCAGCAAGCUGAAGUACGUCCUACGAGACGCACGCUUCUUCCUGAUCAAGAGCAACAACCAUGAGAACGUCUCCCUGGCCAAGGCUAAGGUGCACUACUCUCUUAACUCAGUCUCUCAAUCUCUACCCAGUACAGCCAAUAGAGGACUGGCCACCCCUCAGAGCCUGGUUCCUCUGGUCUAGCCAGUACAGCCAAUAGAGGACUGGCCACCCCUCAGAGCCUGGUUCCUCUCUACCCAGUACAGCCAAUAGAGGACUGGCCACCCCUCAGAGCCUGGUUCCUCUGGUCUAGCCAGUACAGCCAAUAGAGGACUGGCCACCCCUCAGAGCCUGGUUCCUCUCUACCCAGGACAGCCAAUAGAGGACUGGCCACCCCUCAGAGCCUGGUUCCUCUGGUCUAGCCAGUACAGCCAAUAGAGGACUGGCCACCCCUCAGAGCCUGGUUCCUCUGGUCUACCCAGUACAGCCAAUAGAGGACUGGCCACCCCUCAGAGCCUGGUUCCUCUGGUCUACCCAGUACAGCCAAUAGAGGACUGGCCACCCCUAGCUCCUGAGAGCCUAGCUCCUGAGUGGCGCAGUGGUCUAAGGCACUGCAUCGCAGUGCUAACUGCAUCGCAGUGCUAACUGUGCUACUAGAGAUCCUGGUUCGAAUCCAGGCUCUGUCGCAGCCGGCCGCGACCGGGAGACUCAUGGGCGGCGCACAAUUGGCCCAGCGUCGUCCAGGGUAGGGGAGGGAAUGGCCGGCAGGGAUGUAGCUCAGUUGAUAGAGCAUGGCGUUUGCAACGCCAGGGUUGUGGGUUCGUUUCCCAUGGGGGGCCAGUAUAAAAAAAAAAAAAAUGUAUUCACUAACUGUAAGUCGCUCUGGAUAAGAGCGUCUGCUAAAUGACUAAAAUGUAAAUGUAAAUGUCUACCCAGUACAGCCAAUAGAGGACUGGCCACCCCUCAGAGCCUGGUUCCUCUGGUCUAGCCAGUACAGCCAAUAGAGGACUGGCCACCCCUCAGAGCCUGGUUCCUCUCUACCCAGUACAGCCAGUAGAGGACUGGCCACCCCUCAGAGCCUGGUUCCUCUGGUCUACCCAGUACAGCCAAUAGAGGACUGGCCACCCCUCAGAGCCUGGUUCCUCUGGUCUAGCCAGUACAGCCAAUAGAGGACUGGCCACCGCUCAGAGCCUGGUUCCUCUGGUCUACCCAGUACAGCCAGGAGAGGACUGGCCACCCCUCAGAGCCUGGUUCCUCUGGUCUACCCAGUACAGCCAGGAGAGGACUGGCCACCCCUCAGAGCCUGGUUCCUCUGGUCUACCCAGUACAGCCAGGAGAGGACUGGCCACCCCUCAGAGCCUGGUUCCUCUGGUCUACCCAGUACAGCCAAUAGAGGACUGGCCACCCCUCAGAGCCUGGUUCCUCUGGUCUACCCAGUACAGCCAAUAGAGGACUGGCCACCCCUCAGAGCCUGGUUCCUCUGGUCUACCCAGUACAGCCAAUAGAGGACUGGCCACCCCUCAGAGCCUGGUUCCUCUGGUCUACCCAGUACAGCCAAUAGAGGACUGGCCACCCCUCAGAGCCUGGUUCCUCUGGUCUAGCCAGUACAGCCAAUAGAGGACUGGCCACCGCUCAGAGCCUGGUUCCUCUGGUCUAGCCAGUACAGCCAAUAGAGGACUGGCCACCCCUCAGAGCCUGGUUCCUCUGGUCUACCCAGUACAGCCAAUAGAGGACUGGCCACCCCUCAGAGCCUGGUUCCUCUGGUCUACCCAGUACAGCCAAUAGAGGACUGGCCACCCCUCAGAGCCUGGUUCCUCUGGUCUACCCAGUACAGCCAAUAGAGGACUGGCCACCCCUCAGAGCCUGGUUCCUCUGGUCUAGCCAGUACAGCCAAUAGAGGACUGGCCACCCCUCAGAGCCUGGUUCCUCUGGUCUACCCAGUACAGCCAAUAGAGGACUGGCCACCCCUCAGAGCCUGGUUCCUCUGGUCUACCCAGUACAGCCAAUAGAGGACUAGCCACCCCUCAGAGCCUGGUUCCUCUCUAGGUUUCUUCCUUCUGAGGAGUUUGUCCUAGCCACUGUGCUUUGGCCUCUGCUUUGCCUGCUGUUUGGGUCUAGGCUGUUAAGCAUGUUGUGAUAACUGCUGAUGUAAAAAGGGCUUUGUAAAAUAUUUGAUUUAGAAUGUACAAAACACAAAAAUUACUGCAAAUAAUAUGUCUGUUACAUGUACUUUUUUUUUCUGUAUGAAAAUGUUGACCGACGCUGAAUACAAGCAAACAGUGUGAUGUUGUUGUUGGUUGUUAUUUGCAGGGGGUGUGGUCCACUCUGCCCGUUAAUGAGAAGAAGCUGAACGCUGCCUUCCGUUCCGCUCGCAGCGUCGUCCUGGUCUUCUCCGUCAGGGAGAGCGGAAAGUUCCAAGGUAAACAGGUUGCAUCUCAAAUGGCACCCUAUUCCCUAUAUAGUGCACUACUUUAGACCAGAGAAUGGCACCCUAUUCCCUACAUAGUGCACUACUUUAGACCAGAGAAUGGCACCCUAUUCCCUAUAUAGUGCACUACUUUAGACCAGAGAAUGGCACCCUAUUCCCUAUAUAGUGCACUACUUUAGACCAGAGAAUGGCACCCUAUUCCCUAUAUAGUGCACUACUUUUCACCAGGGGACUCGUUUGUCAAAGGGGAGUAGGCACAAAUAAGAGUUUAAACCUUGUGUGCGCCAGUUUUCCCGCAAAGGUUGGGUAUUUAUCCAUUCUGAAAGUGUGCGUAUCUCCACACGAAUCUCAGAUCAAGCGAACGCACAACUUGUUGUUGUUGAUCAGUUGUAUUGCAACCAAAUAUUAUUAAUAUUGUUAUUUUGAGGGAAAUGGAGGUGUUGAAUGCACAGUAAUUAUAAUAAUGGUAGGCUAAUCAGUAUAUAACGUAGGCCUAAUGAUAAUGAUAUUUAGCACGGUUGACGAGGCCCCAGAGCUCUAUUGCAUUUCCUAACUAAUCAAUAACCUUUACUAAUCAAGCAAGUACACGGGAGGCGCGAAACCCUGAAGACACUGGGUCCUCCAGGAAUUGACACCCCUACCUUAGACAGCAUCUUGAUUUUCUAUCUUGUCCUGAUCACAUCCCUGAUGUUGUCAUCCGGUGGGCAGGUCAACGUGUUGUCAUCCGGUGGGCAGGUCAACGUGUUAUCGUCCGGUGGGCAGGUCGUCGUGUUAUCGUCCGGUGGGCAGGUCAACGCGUUAUCAUCCGGUGGGCAGGUCGUCGUGUUAUCAUCCGGUGGGCAGGUCAACGCGUUAUCAUCCGGUGGGCAGGUCGUCGUGUUAUCAUCCGGUGGGCAGGUCGUCGUGUUAUCGUCCGGUGGGCAGGUCAACGUGUUAUCGUCCGGUGGGCAGGUCAACGUGUUAUCGUCCGGUGGGCAGGUCAACGUGUUAUCGUCCGGUGGGCAGGUCAACGUGUUAUCGUCCGGUGGGCAGGGCAACGUGUUAUCGUCCGGUGGGCAGGGCAACGUGUUAUCGUCCGGUGGGCAGGUCAACGUGUUAUCGUCCGGUGGGCAGGUCAACGUGUUAUCGUCCGGUGGGCAGGUCAACGUGUUAUCAUCCGGUGGGCAGGGCAACGUGUUAUCGUCCGGUGGGCAGGGCAACGUGUUAUCGUCCGGUGGGCAGGUCAACGUGUUAUCAUCCAGUGGGCAGGUCAACGUGUUAUCAUCCGGUGGGCAAGGCAACGUGUUAUCGUCCGGUGGGCAGGUCAACGUGUUAUCAUCCGGUGGGCAGGGCAACGCGUUAUCAUCCGGUGGGCAGGUCAACGCGUUAUCAUCCGGUGGGCAGGUCAACGCGUUAUCAUCCGGUGGGCAGGUCAACGUGUUAUCAUCCGGUGGGCAGGGCAACGUGUUAUCAUCCGGUGGGCAGGGCAACGUGUUAUCAUCCGGUGGGCAGGUCGUCGCGUUAUCAUCCGGUGGGCAGGUCAACGUGUUAUCAUCCGGUGGGCAGGUCAACGUGUUAUCAUCCGGUGGGUAGGUCGUCGUGUUAUCAUCCGGUGGGUAGGUCGUCGUGUUAUCAUCCGGUGGGCAGGUCAACGUGUUAUCAUCCGGUGGGUAGGUCGUCGUGUUAUCGUCCGGUGGGCAGGGCAACGUGUUAUCGUCCGGUGGGCAGGUCAACGUGUUAUCAUCCGGUGGGCAGGUCAACGUGUUAUCAUCCGGUGGGCAGGUCAACGUGUUAUCGUCCGGUGGGCAGGUCAACGUGUUAUCGUCCGGUGGGCAGGUCAACGUGUUAUCAUCCGGUGGGCAGGGCAACGUGUUAUCAUCCGGUGGGCAGGUCAACGUGUUAUCAUCCGGUGGGCAGGUCAACGUGUUAUCAUCCGGUGGGCAGGUCAACGUGUUAUCGUCCGGUGGGCAGGUCGUCGUGUUAUCAUCCGGUGGGCAGGUCGUCGUGUUAUCAUCCGGUGGGCAGGUCGUCGUGUUAUCAUCCGGUGGGCAGGUCAACGUGUUAUCAUCCGGUGGGCAGGGCAACGUGUUAUCAUCCGGUGGGCAGGGCAACGUGUUAUCGUCCGGUGGGCAGGGCAACGUGUUAUCGUCCGGUGGGCAGGGCAACGUGUUAUCAUCCGGUGGGCAGGGCAACGUGUUAUCAUCCGGUGGGCAGGGCAACGUGUUAUCAUCCGGUGGGCAGGGCAACGUGUUAUCAUCCGGUGGGCAGGUCAACGUGGUAUCAUCCAGUGGGCAGGUUUUAAAGUGUAGUGAACUGAAUAUGGUCUGUCCUACUGUGUGUGCAGGUUUUGCCAGGCUGUCGUCUGAGUCCCAUCAUGGAGGGUCUCCCAUCCACUGGGUCCUGCCUGCUGGGAUGAACGCCAAGAUGCUGGGUGGGGUGUUCAAGAUCCACUGGAUCUGCAGGUAAACACACUGGCUCUGGCUUAUCCUCAAAGCCAUAGAUGCGUCCCAAAUGGCACCCUAUUCCCUAUAUGGUGCACUACUUUAGACCAGAGAAUGGCACCCUAUUCCCUAUAUGGUGCACUACUUUAGACCAGAGAAUGGCACCCUAUUCCCUAUAUAGGGCACUACUUUAGACCAGAGAAUGGCACCCUAUUCCCUAUAUGGUGCACUACUUUAGACCAGAGAAUGGCACCCUAUUCCCUAUAUGGUGCACUACUUUAGACCAGAGAAUGGCACCCUAUUCCCUAUAUGGUGCACUACUUUAGACCAGAGAAUGGCACCCUAUUCCCUAUAUAGGGCACUACUUUAGACCAGAGAAUGGCACCCUAUUCCCUAUAUGGUGCACUACUUUAGACCAGAGAAUGGCACCCUAUUCCCUAUAUAGGGCACUACUUCAGACCAGAGAAUGGCACCCUAUUCCCUAUAUGGUGCACUACUUUAGACCAGAGAAUGGCACCCUAUUCCCUAUAUGGUGCACUACUUUAGACCAGAGAAUGGCACCCUAUUCCCUAUAUGGUGCACUACUUUAGACCAGAGAAUGGCACCCUAUUCCCUAUAUAGGGCACUACUUUAGACCAGAGAAUGGCACCCUAUUCCCUAUAUGGUGCACUACUUUAGACCAGAGAAUGGCACCCUAUUCCCUAUAUGGUGCACUACUUUAGACCAGAGAAUGGCACCCUAUUCCCUAUAUGGUGCACUCCUUUUGACCCAGGCCCAUAGGGUUUUGGAAUAUAAAUAUGAUGCAUUUUCAGCCAAUUCAGUGUUUUGUCAUCUCAGAUCUGUUGUAAGACUUAUGCAUCCAUGAUCCUGUGUAAAUUAAUGAUCUAAAUCACUUGUUUUCAGACGGGAGUUGCCAUUCACUAAAACAGCUCACCUCUCCAACCCAUGGAAUGAACACAAGCCUGUAAAGAUCGGCCGGGAUGGACAGGUAAAGCUAUCCAUGUCUUUUGGUUCUGUGUGGCUCACUUUCUAGAGCUUGUAACUACAGCAUUGUGGGUUUGAUUCCCGCUGGGGUAACUCAUACGAAAAUGUAUGCAAGCAUGAUUUUAAGUUGCUUUGGAUAAAAGCAUCUGCUAAAUGGCAUAUACAGUGCCUUCGGAAAGUAUUCAGACCCCUUGACUUUUUCCACAAUUUGUUACGUUACAGCGUUUUUCAAAGAAUUGAUUAAAUAUUGUUUCCCCUCAUCAAUCUACACACAAUACAAAGUAAAAACAGGUUCUGGGAAAAAACAAAGAAAGAAACGGAAGUAUUCAGACCCUUCACUCAGUACUUUGUUGAAGCACCUUUGGCAACAAUUACAGCCUCAAGUCUUCUUGGGUGUGACGCUACAAGCUUGGCACACCUGUAUUUGGGGAGUUUCUCCCAUUCUUCUCUGCAGAUCCUCUCAAGCUCUGUCAGGUUGGAUGGGGAGCGUUGCUACACAGCUAUUUUCAGGUCCAGAGAUGUUAGAUCGGGUUCAAGUCCAGGCUCUGGCUGGGCCACUCAAGGACAUUCAGAGACUUGUCCCGAAGCCACUCCUGUGUUGUCUUGGCUGUGUGCUUAGGGUUGUUGUCCUGUUGGAAGGUGAACCUUUGCCCCAGUCUGAGGUCCUGAGCAGUCUGGAGCAGGUUUUCAUCAAGGAUCUCUCUGUACUUUGCUCUGUUCCUUUGCCUCGAUCCUGACUAGUCUCCCAGUCCCUGCCGCUGAAAAACAUCCCCACAGCAUGAUGCUGCCACCACCAUGCUUCACCGUAGGGAUGGUGCCAGGUUUCCUCCAGACGUGACGCUUGGUAUUCAGGCCAAAGAGUUCAAUCUUGGUUUCAUCUGACCAGAGAAUCUUGUUUCUCAUGGUCUGAGAGUCUUUAGGUGCCUCUUGGCAAACUCCAAGCGGGCUGUCAUGUGCCUUUUACUGAGGAGUGGCUUCCGUCUGGCCACUUUACCAUAAAGGCCUGAUUGGUGGAGUGCUGCAGAGAUGGUUGUCCUUCUGGAAGGUUCUCCCAUCUCCACAGAGGAACUCUUGAUCUCUGUCAGAGUGACCAUCAGGUUCUUGGUCACCUCCCUGACCAAGGCUCUUCUCCCCCGAUUGCUCAGUUUGGCCGGGCGGCCAGCUCUAGGAAGAGUCUUGGUGGUUCCAAACUUCUUCCAUUCAAGAAUGGAGGCCACUGUGUUCUUGGGGACCUUUCCAAAUCAUGGCCAAUCAAUUGAAUGUACCACAGGUGGACUCCAAUCAAGUUGUAGAAACAUCUCAAGGAUGAUCAAUGGAAACAGGAUGCACCUGAGCUCAAUUUCGAGUCUCAUAGCAAAGGGUCUGAAUACUUUCUAAACCUUUUUUUUUGUUGUCAUUAUGGGGUGUGUGUGUGUGUGUGUGUGUGUGUGUGGAUUGAAGAAAAACAUGUUUUAAAUCAAUUUUAGAGUAAGGCUGUAACGUAACAAUGUGGAAAAAGGGAAGGGGUCUGAAUACUUUCAGAACGCACUGUAUUAUAUAUAUUUUCAAGCUACUAAUUCUAAUUUAGUUUUAUCUACUAAUCUGUCCCCCCCUCUCUCCUCCUCCUCCUCCUCGGGACCAUCAGGAGAUCGAGACCGAGUGUGGGAUGCAGCUAUGCAUGCUGUUCCCCCAGGACGAGAGCAUUGACUUGUAUCAAGUUAUUCAUAAAAUGCGACACAAGAGGAGGAUGCCUUCGGAGCCGCGUUCUCGAGGACGCCCGCCGCACAGAGAGCCCGCCCGAGGCGACCUGGGAAGGUUAGAAAUGUUCUUUGGACUGCUAGUGCGCUCUUGUGUCGGCGUGACGUGAUGCCGGAGCAUUGUUCUGAUCCGAUGGUCUAACCGUCCCUCCCAGAAUGCUCUGCUCUCAUCACAUCCCAGCGAAGAGGGAAACCUGCUGAAAUCCUCUGGGCUGUUGCUAAGGACCCCAUACAGCAGUUCCACUGAGGAGGAUAGAUAUCUAUGGGCCGGGCCAGUGCUAACCACAGUAUCUAUGGGCCGGGCCAGUGCUAACCACAGUAUCUAUGGGCCGGGCCAGUGCUAACCACAGUAUCUAUGGGCCGGGCCAGUGCUAACCACAGUAUCUAUGGGCCGGGCCAGUGCUAACCACAGUGCUAGUAGGCUGAGUGUGGCUUGUCUCUCUCUGCAGGUGAUGGUGGUUAAUUCAAUGUAAAGAAACGGGUUGAGUUUGAUCUCUCAAAAUAAGGAAUGCAAUUUAAUUUGAACCAUCAUGAUUCUUAAAACCACCAAAGUUGUAGUUGAGUUUAAUACGCAAUACAUUCUUUAGGUUGCUUGAAUGAAUUUGUCUAGAUAAGUUGUUUUUUUUAAAAAUUUGUUCCCAAAGCCUUUUCUUUCAGAAGUAUCCUGGGGGAGUUAAACCUAGUCAUAUAUGGCUUAGAAAAAGGAACCAUUCUAUUUAAACAGAAGAUGGCACAUCGAUUUGAGGGGGAGAAAGAUGAUGCUGUCUUAAAUGCUUCCAGAGGACUUUUCUCUCCCUCCAUGGGUCAUCUAUUGAAUAUACAUAACGUAUACAUGUGAUGUCUACACUACUCGUGUAUAUGCCUGUAGCGUCCGAGGGGGGUGGGGGGGGGGGUGUCCGUCUAUCUGCAAAGCUGCUGGAAAGGGGGUAAAAAGCGUUGGAAAGCGGUAGGCCAGUUGGGAAAAGAAUCGUUGGCCUUUGGGAGACCUGGCAACAACCUUGAGAGAGGGGGCUUGGCUCUGCUGUGUGAUCAGUGGUUUUCUCUACCUCCUGUUGUAAUGCUCCAUUACACCAGCAAUCCAAAUCCCCUACAUCCCCUCCGCAAGAAAUCAUAUGCCCGCGAAAACAUUUUGGCUAACGGUUGGUCGGUCACUGCCCCCCCCCCACAACCCAACAGGACUGAAGAUGUUGUGGUUCUGAGAGAGAGCCAGCCAGCCGUUCCUUGUUACCGUUUCUUCAUCCGGAAUGAAUGUCAUCUGGUGGUAGGUGGUUAGGGAAACCUAAAGGACUAGGUUAGGAGUGUUUCCUAAAGGACAGGAGUGUUUCCAUAUCCUAACCUAAAGGACUAGGUUAGGAGUGUUUCCUAAAGGACAGGAGUGUUUCUAUAUCCUAACCUAAAGGACUAGGUUAGGAGUGUUUCCUAAAGGACAGGAGUGUUUCCAUAUCCUAACCUAAAGGACUAGGUUAGGAGUGUUUCCUAAAGGACAGGAGUGUUUCUAUAUCCUAACCUAAAGGACUAGGUUAGGAGUGUUUCCUAAAGGACAGGAGUGUUUCCAUAUCCUAACCUAAAGGACUAGGUUAGGAGUGUUUCCUAAAGGACAGGAGUGUUUCCAUAUCCUAACCUAAAGGACUAGGUUAGGAGUGUUUCCUAAAGGACAGGAGUGUUUCCUAUAUCCUAACCUAAAGGACUAGGUUAGGAGUGUUUCCUAAAGGACAGGAGUGUUUCUAUAUCCUAACCUAAAGGACUAGGUUAGGAGUGUUUCCUAAAGGACAGGAGUGUUUCCAUAUCCUAACCUAAAGGACUGAGAAUAAGGUAGGAGGAGACCCACUCGUUUCCUUUUGAAGGCCUUUAAUGGACUGAGAAUGACACCACAAGGAAGGGAAGUUCUAAGCCAAAGGGGGUCGGUCACCUUUUGGUUUAUAAAAUGGCCGAAGUGAAGCUCAUCCUCUGGUCUUUUCGUUUUGAUUGCAAUGGACUGCAUCAAUCACCCCUAUCAAUCUCCCCCUUUGCCCUCCCAGCCCGGCCCCCUCCUUGUAAUGUCUUUGUGGCUGUAGACCCUAAACCAUAAGAUGGACUGUCUAUAUGAACUUUUGCUAUCUUAAUAUAUGUCAACGGUAACAGUCACAAAACUACAAGAAAGCGGUAUGUUACCAUUUUAACCGGCUCUUUCUCAUUUACCUGUAGACAGUCAUUAACCCAGCUGUACAAAAAAAAACUAUCUGGUUGAUUUUAAUUGAACAUGGAAGGUGUCUUGUGGAGUAAUGAUCGUCCAGGCAGUGCUUACAUUUGUUAUUGAUGGCUAGUCAGAAGCAGAAACAUUUAUAGGUAGAAUUGAGUAGGUAACUGUCUAGCUCCUUAUUGGAGAAAUAUGGGGCAACUCCCACAGACAGAUGCCCCUAAUCUAAGAAGGAUGCACUUCAACAGAUACAGUACUGGAAACAUCUGGUUUUAGCUGCAGAAUGGGCUGGACUAUCAUGGAACCAACCUGAACAAAAGCUAACUUGUGAAUUAACUGUUUUUAAUGUAACUGUCCACAAGCAGUAAGAUGUCAUUCAGAAUAUAAGGGUUGAUGAAGCAGUAAGAUGUCAUUCAGAAUAUAAUGGUUGAUUGAUAACUGUCUAUACAUGUUUAGUGUUUUAAGCAGUAUUUGGGAAUACUGUCAAGAUUCAAUGAAAUGCAUCCAGAAUUUUGGGCAUAAAUUAAGUUUUGACCCUUUGAUGGAGGUGAAUGUAAUCAGAAUGACAGAAUGGUGAUAUGUCUUAAAUCACUUUUGUUUCUCAAUCUGUCAAUAGGUGAUUUUACUAGUUCAUUUAAAUGUUUAUAUAUAUAUAUGCUUUUCAGAUGUUUCAGAGUAUGUGUGUUUAUGAUAUAGGCCUACUAGGAUGUUGCUGUAUCGUGGCACUUUGUCUCAAUUGUUUACCUAAUUCAUGUAGGCGUCGGCCCGAGGAAUAUGACAUUCACAACAGGAAACGCCCGAGGAUUGACUAUCCAGCAGAGUUCCCACAGAGACCAGGUUACUAUUACUAACAUAUGUAUUGGUACAGCAUGGAAAUAAUGGUGUGUCCAAAUGGGACUCUAUU